CCCCGGCCCCGGGCGGGGCUGCCCCGUCCCCGGCCCCGGCCGUCCCGCCGCGGUCUCGCCUCCGCCCGGCUCUGGCCGUACUGGCGGUGGCGCUGCUGGGCGGGCAUCAGCGCCUGGGGCAGGGGCGGCAUCGCCGCCCUUUGGCUCCGCCUGGCCCGAGCCCGGCGCCGGCCCCGACGCAGGGUCCAGUCCCGACCCCGGCCCCGGCCCCGGCCCCGGCCCCUCCCGGAGCCCGCGGAGGACACACGCGGCGUGGCCGCUCCCUCCGCCUCGGCUGCGGCUUCCCCGGCCCGAGCUGCGCCGCUCGGCAGCGCGGCCGCCGGCCCCGAGCCUCCCGUGUCCCGUUCGAAAGAGCGAACGUCGGGGGAUGGCCGGCCCGGGGCGGUUGAGGGGCGCUCGGGGGCCGUUGCUGGCCCCGGGCCGAGCGCUGACAGCCGCGUCCCGCCCGCAGGGAAGGCGCAGGAGGCUCUGCUGCAGCGCUACCGGGUGGGUUCGCUGCUGGGGCGCGGCGGCUUCGGCAGCGUCUUCUCGGCCACGCGGCUCUCGGACGGCGCCCCGGUGGCCAUCAAAAGGGUGCCGCGGAACCGCAUCCGGCACUGGGACGAGCUGCCCGACGGCACCAGCGCACCCCUGGAGAUCGUGCUGCUGGCCAAGGUGUCCACCGGCUUCCCUGGUGUCGUGCAGCUGCUGGAGUGGCUCGAGCUCCCCAACAACAUCCUGAUGGUGCUGGAGCGGCCAGAGCAAUGUCAGGACCUCCUGCGUUUCAUUCGGGCACGGGGGUUCCUGUGCGAGGAGGUGGCGCGGGAGCUGUUCCGCCAGGUGCUGGAGGCCGUGCGGCACUGCACCAGCUGCGGGGUCCUGCACCGCGACAUCAAGCCAGAGAACAUCCUGGUUGACCUGGCCACCAGGCAGGCCAAAUUGAUUGACUUUGGCUGUGGCACCUACCUGCAAGACACAGCCUACACUUACUUUGCAGGAACACUGUCCUACAGUCCCCCCGAAUGGACCCGCUUGGGCCGGUACCACGGCGAGGCAGCAACGAUCUGGACGCUGGGCAUCCUGCUGCACCAGAUGGUCUGCGGGAAGCAUCCUUUCAGGAGGGGCCGGAACAUCAGCCGGGGCCAGCUCUCGCUGCCACCACGGCUCUCUCAAGCGUGCCAAGAUCUGAUCAGGCGGUGUUUAUCCAUGCACUUCUUGGACAGGCCCUCAUUAGAAGACCUGUUCUGUGAUCCUUGGGUGCAGGGUAUUCCUCCGCCGUAGAAGAAGGGAGAGAGCCACAGGCACACUUUGAUCCAGGGCCCUGGUAAGUUCCAGCUGCACACAUGCCUUGGCCAUCAGAAGCAAAGGAACCCAGACCUUUUUGUGCUGCCUGUGUCGCUGCACCGGGGUCAUGGCAUGGCAACACGCAGCCCUUGUGCUGCAGCUGAGCUGCUCUGCCCAGCACUGGUGGCCGCCAUCCAAGCUGGUUCUGCUUGUCCUGGUUCCCUGACAGCUGGGGCCCUGGGCAGAGCCCUGACAGC